AUGGCCUCUUCUUCCCAUAACCCCCAUCAUCUUCACCCCCAACACCAUCAGCUGCUGCUCCAACAACACCAACAGCACCAACAGCAGCAACAACAGCAGCAGCAGCAGCAGCACCACGCUGUACACCAUCAGCAGCAGCAGCGUCCCUCCACAAAACAACCCAACCAUCCCAUAAAUCCCUCCCCAUCUCCUGUAAUGCCCUACCUCGCUGCUGCUGCCGCGCCCUCAAACCCAUCCAGCAGCUCAUCGUCCCCCGCCGCACACGCAUCGGAGCCCCAGGAUCAUGAGCGCCCGGUCAAGCGACAGCGGACCAACGCCUCGAACAUGAAAUUCCCGCCCCAGGCGGUCAAUGUCGCACACCCACAGCAACAGCAGCAGAUCCACCAGCGUCACCACCAACAGCCAAAGACGGACCCGCCGCCCCAGCCGACCAUUGUGCAGCCCCCACCCCCGCCGCCGCCACCCCCUCCGGCGGCCCCGCCGGCGGUCACGUCGCCUGUGAGUGCGACGUCGAGUUCGAGCGUGCCGUUUCUGCGCGUCCAGGAGCAGGGGUCCAGUGAGACAUUUGCGCUGCCCCUCGCGGCGGUGUCGAAUUGGGAUACGCUCGUAACCGUUCUCCGAGAGCUGUUCGCAAAGCCUCCGCACUCGACGCCGAAACUGAAGACGCACCGCGGCGACACCAUAAUCAAGCCGCUGAUCAAGCACUUCCUCAAGGACGGCGUCCACCUCUCUGUCGCCUUCGACGACCACGCACCCCCCCACCCGCAGCAGCAGACCGUGGUAGUACCCCAACCGGUAGUGCAAGCGCCGCAACAGACCCACGUCCCGGCACCCCCGCAGCUGCAGCAACAGCAGCAGCAACAGCAGCAAUCCCACCACCCAUCCCCCGUGCCGCCCCCGCUCACAAUCACCGCCAGCAACCUCAACCCCGGAAUCAGCGCCUCCAACACCAACGGCAACGUCAACGGCGUCAACGGCGGCGGCGGCCCCGGCGGCGGCAACAGCAACAGCAACAACAACAACGGCGGCGGCGGCAACGCAAACGGCAUAAUCCCCUCCCCAACAUUCCCGUCGCAGCCGCUCCCCCCCGCGCAGAACCCACCAACACCCUACUCCCCGCCGCUCCACACCUCGUCAACACCGUCAACACAGUCCUCGUCGCCCCUCACAUCCAUCUCCGCCGGGCUGUCGUUCCCGGCCCCCGCGCCCGCCGCGACUCAGAUACCGAUGUACAAGAUGUCGCGCUCGCUGUCGACGGUGGCCGGGCUGUGGCAGGAGUGGAAGCAGGGGCUGGGCACCGAGCCGUCCGUCGAGAGCCUCGAGGCCCGCUACGGGCCCAAAUGGCGCACGUCGCAGGCGGAGCGCAAGUUCUACAGCAGGCGCAAGGUCAUCAUCGAGGAGAUUACGAAGCGCAUCAGCACGGGCAUGGAGGCGUGGCGCGCCGUGGAGGAGGUCGAGGAGGUCCGUGGCGGGAAGAGCCUCGACGGGCUGAGCAAGAUGAUUGUGGAGCGGCGGAAGAGCGCCGUGGGCGGGGGGCAGGGCGGGCGCGGGCGGGGGCGCAUCGGGGCUCCGCAGGGGCAGGGCGCGCAGGAGGAGGAUGAUGAGGAUGAUAACUGGCAGACUAUGGGAUAG